UGCGCAGCCGAGGUCAGGAGGGUGUUUGUUGCGGCGUCUCCUCCAUAUCGUCCUACACCGGUUCCUGUACCUCUUUCAGCCGCGUUUCCCCCUCUCUCAAGUUGACAGCAACACAAUCGACAACAGUGAUACUCGGAAAAAUGGCAGUUCCUCCAACAUAUGCGGAUCUUGGAAAAGCAGCAAAGGACAUACUCAAUAAGGGAUAUGGUUUUGGGCUGGUUAAGCUUGAUGUGAAGACAAAGUCUUCAAGUGGAGUGGAGUUUAAAACGUCCGGCUCAUCCAACGUGGACACCAGCAAGGUCUCCGGGACCCUGGAGACCAAGUACAAGUGGGCUGAGUAUGGACUGACGUUCACAGAGAAGUGGACCACGGAAAACACACUCGGAACUGAAAUUUGUGUUGAGGAUCAGAUCACCAAAGGGCUGAAACUUACGUUUGACACGACAUUUUCACCAAAUACUGGCAAGAAGAGCGGCAAGGUCAAGACCGCCUACAAGCGCGAAUACAUCAAUGUCGGCGUCGAUGUCGAUUUAGAUUUCGCCGGUCCUACGAUCCACGGAGCAGCAGUAGCCGGCUACGAGGGCUGGCUGGCCGGCUACCAGAUGACCUUUGACUCGGCCAAAUCAAAGAUGUCUCAGAGUAACUUUUCAGUUGGUUACAAGACCGGAGACUUCCAGCUCCACACCAACAUAAAUGAUGGUUCCGAGUUCGGGGGCUCUAUUUACCAGAAGGUAAACGACCAACUGGAGACUGCUGUGAAUCUGGCCUGGACUGCAGGCAGCAACGGCACUCGCUUUGGAAUAGCUGCGAAAUACCAGUUGGACUCCAGUGCCUCCAUAUCAGCUAAGGUGAAUAAUGACAGCCUGGUGGGAAUUGGAUACACCCAGACUCUCCGACCUGGUAUGAAACUCGUCCUCUCUGCACUGGUGGAUGGGAAGAACAUCAAUGCUGGGGGUCACAAACUCGGCCUGGGUCUGGAGUUGGAUGCAUGAGGAUCUGCUCUGCCUUUUCAAAGGAGGAUGAGAAAUAUCAGCUGAAUCUGACCCUUCGUCUUAAGAUAUUUUUAAGAGGUGAAGCCAAAACAAAGAAGAAGCCCAGUUCUCUCGAGCAGUGUUCAAAAUCGAAACUAUCCCACCAGCCCCCCUUUUUAUUGUUGUGACAAUAACUAAACAUGUUUCAAUCACAUGUAUUCAUCCGUUACUUCUUCUGACCCUCCUCUGGGUGCAACAUGUCUAGGAGUGGUUUCGAAAAAAAACCAAAACCAUAUUAUUUUUCUGAUGUGAUAAUAUAGAAUGAAUAUCUGAGCUGUUAGAUGAUAUCUUUAUUUAAACUUUCUCCUUUUGUUUUAUUUGCACAUUGUAUUUGUAUAUUAGUGGUGAUAUUCUACCCGUUGGAAGGUUUACUCCAACUAUUUAUGCUUAUCAAGGUCGACGCCAAUUUAAGGCUCGUCUUCACUUAUCUUUCUAGAGGCUUAAUUGUGAUGGAGUGUGAGACCUCCGCUACCUUGAAUACCUUCGAAGCUGCAAGACGAUGCUAAAGGGAUUUUUAUUUUCCUCAUUGUGACUCGAGUGAAAGAAUAUCAGUAAAUCAUCCUCUUUUCUUCCCAUUUCUGAUGACUGACACUAAUCAGGAAGCGUUGUUUGUUGGCAUGUGUCUAACCUUUGCAAUAAAGUCCUGAAAUCAUC